UGCUGAUGAUUCAGAAUGUAUAUCUAUGAUUGCUUCCAGAUGAUCUGUUUAUUGAGCAUUCAUACUGAUUUGAUUUUGGGGAGGUUAGACAACGUUGCAUCAAGCAAAUGUUACCCCACACUUUGCAUUUUCCCAUCAAUGUCCUUACUUCAUGAAGCCUGAUUAGGGGAGGGGGAAGGGGAUCUUUGCACAAGAGCUUCAACUUUAAUUGCUCAACCUCAGUUUGCCAAAAUGUGACUGAAUCUUUUCCACUACAAAAUAGUGACUGUCUGGAAGCAUCCAGUGUGCUUGUUAAAUUCACCAAGGGGAAAGAAAAAAGGUAAACCGGGGCUCUAUUAGAAAGGAAGACUAGCAAGAACCUGGAGCACAAUGCUGUAUUUUGCAGCUAUACAUAGAUUAAAAGAAACAAGUGUGAACUUCAAAAUUAGAGAAGGAAUAAGAAAGAAACCACUUGCAGCUGACAAGAUGAGAACACCCACCACGCUACCAUGACCUACACAACAAGGGGACUGGGAAAAAGUUAAUGAACCAAAAGCAAGAACAAUAGGCAUAGCACUGUCAAGGAAUUAUCAGCAAACGCAUGAACCAGCAAGUUCCACAUUUUCUUGGGGGACAUGAAAGUUAAACCAGUUUGACAUUAGUUCACAUUUCUGGUGAAGAAGUGUAUCUGACUCUGUUCAUUUGUUGUAAAGUUCAGAAAACAUGUUUUUCUCAUGCUUGAAGGAUUUGUUGCCUUAUUGCCUGCAGUUUCGUUGCUGUGAAAGAGCUGGCCUUUGAAGACAUUGUGAAGCGUACAAGCUGUUGUUGGGUACAUAGGCAGAUAAACAUUGUAAAUGCUAGGUUUUUUUAUUGUGCAGUAAUUGCAUUUGGGAAACUCUUGUUUUUGAACACAUAACAAUGUAGGUGCAGGUUUUAAAUGCACUGAAGAGGCCUUUGAUCACUUGCUAGCAUUCUCCACAACAAAAUAUUUAUUCUCUGAAGCGUAAAUGGGUAUGCUUUUGCAAGAUGCUCUAUUACCAUUAUGUAAAAGGAAGAGAGAGCAGCUUUCAAAGUCUUACUGGUGUUCAGUGGUGAACAGUAGAGAAAAAUGAAGCACAUUUGUUUCCUUCGCUAAGAAUUAUGAUGCUGUUUAAAAUAGUUUUUGAUUGCAUGAGGUUCCAGCCUUCAGAUGUAAAUAUAUAAGAUGACCUGCUAUGACAAGAAGCUGAGGCAGACAGGGCCCGAACAGCUGAAUGACCUCAUAGUGGUACCGCUGCAUUCCAGAGUGAAUGGCUGGUCUUUACCACUCCACUCAUUCCAGUUAAUCACCUUAUUGCUUUAUUCAUACUUGGCUAUUGUUGGCUUUGGGAUCUACAUACCGCUUCUCCCAAAUGAAUGGAAAUUUGUUGCCUACGCUAUGACUGGCCUAAUUUUUGUGCAUCAUUUAAUCACUCAUCUUGUUGCAAUCACUAUUGAUCCAGCAGAUCAAAAUAUAUUGGCUAAGAAAAAUUACAGCAAACCAAUGCCAAGUUUUGACCGAAGCAAAUGCAAGCAUGUUAUUCAGAACCAGCACUGCUAUCUUUGUGAAGCUGAUGUGGGGCCAAAAACCAAACACUGUAGUACCUGCAAUAAAUGUAUUGCAGACUUUGACCAUCACUGUAAUUGGCUUAAUAAUUGUGUUGGAAGCAGAAACUAUUGGUUUUUCUUCAAUGCAAUUGCUUCUGCUGCUGUCGGGAUCCUCCUCCUGCUAGUGGUGAUGAUAUAUGUCUUCAUCCAAUAUUUGGUGAACCCAACACAACUCCGCACAUCUCCUCAGUUUGAAAGUGUCAGUGGAAAUGGCACUUGGCUGGCAUUUCUUCCUAUUGCUCCAGUAGAGACAACAGCAGCUGGAAUCCUGACUGUAGCAACGUUAACUAUGGUUUUGGGAUCUGCUUCUUUCUUGGUACUUGCACAUUUGUUGUUCUUUCAUCUUUACCUCUUGAGUAAGAAGAUGAACACAUAUGAGUACAUGACUCGACAUCGACCCAAACAGUGUACUAUAUCUCGGGAAAUGAGCAUAGAGGCAACAUCAGAUGCAACUCACACAAUGGAACCUUUACAGGAUUUAUCUGAAGUAAGAAAACCAAAUGAAGCCGCAUCCUCCACUAGAUCAGGAAUGGUUGUCAACUAACUGCAGUUAAUCAGGAUCGGGAACAGCUGACUUCCUCAGAGAUGGCCUAUGUAGCAUUUCCAGAAUCCUGCAUUUCAUCAACACAAAAUGACCAUUGGAUGCACCUGACAGAUGGACAGAUGGAAAGCCAGUUGCUGCUCUCAGCUGAGUCUAAACUGGACAAAAUUUAAGACUUUCUCUUCUUUUUCCAAAUAAGCGUGCUCCUUUUGUCUCUGAUACGGUGCUAUUUUAUGGAAGGCUGUGCCCAUUCAAAAGACCAAAAGACAGAACUAGUGGAAUUUGGAUCCUGAAGUUCUCCAUUACAUGAUAACUAAGGGCUUAAAGUGCUUUUCAUCCGCUGCUAAUGCAUUAUAUGAAGACUAGCUGAUAACAGCUAAUUAAAUAAGCUGCUUCAAGGAGGAGAAGGGGGUGAGAGUAGGCAGAAAAUGCAUGGAUAUCAUUUCAAUGACUUGGAAACAUUUUGAGGACCAUACUAAUGAUUUGUCUGCAACAAACGUGUGUCCAACUCUGUUUCUAUUAAGUGGGAGCAACUGCUUCUUCCUCAGGUUGUAUGUCAAGUGUGAAUAACCUCAGUUGGAGAGUCAGCAAAUAUACAUGGGCCAAGAGCAGCCAUUCACAGGUUCUUCCUUGUACAGAACCAGUCAUAGCUAUUGUUGUAAAAGCAUUUGCGAGUCUCCCCAUCAUAGAGAAACUAAGAAAUGGGUAGCAAAAUAUGUAGCAAAAGAUCACAGGAUAUAUAGAAGAUGGCUUGGAGAUGAAUAAUUUGAGGUUGCCAAUAAAAGUACCAAGUCUUAGAGUCAAAAGUAUCCUCCAAGUGGCAUUGGGAAGGUCCAAAUAAAGACUGUUUCUCCAAAAAUAUGUUUAUAUCAAGUGUCCCUACGAAAAAAUCCUGCUUAUUAAAUGCCAGUUGGAAAAUACUUUCCUUUUUUUCCUAAGAAAAUGAAUUGUGUAUUUAAUCCUUUUUUAAUUUGCUAGUUCUUAUAAAUAAAUUUUGCUUAUUUAAACAAAUUUAUUUAUUUAAUUUCAUUUAUAAACCGCCCAUAGCCAAUGGCUCCCUGGGCAGUGUACAACAUACAAUGAACUCCCCCUUCCCAAAUGUCCAUCCUAGUUUCAUAUGUAAGAUUGGGACUUACUCAACUGAAAUUUACAGAGAAAGUUAAUUCUCAUUUGCACUUUACAUGGGAGAGGGAUACUUUCAAUAGGGAAGUUUUCUAAUUUUUAAUAUGUGUAUGGUGAAAGGAAAAUAUUCUUGAGGUAAAUGUACUCAUUUUAUC